ACAGCGUGGCGUGCAGAGUGUGACGCGGCCGGGCCAGGCUGACUCGUGGUGUAGCUUGUACCUUGGUGUGUAGUGUGAGAGUGUGAGACCAGUGUAGUGUGCGCGGAGCCUCAGUGCUAGUGACCGCACUUUCCUCGGGAUACCGCUGCUGCUGUUGCAUCCUUCGUCCUCGACAUUGCCGCCGUCGACCUCAAACCCCCCCGGCCACCGCCAACCCCCACACUUCAGCUCUUCACGCACACACCUCUACUUCGUCCACAGGAUGGGUUGCUUUGGCAGCAAGGAGAAGCUUUCUAAGGAGGACCUCGAAUUCCUCAAGACACACACCAGAUACGACGAGCAGAUGAUUAAAGAAUGGUAUAAAGGCUUCAGGCAAGAUUGUCCCAGCGGCCGCCUCACGCCCGACAAGUUCGUUGAUAUGUACAAGAUGUUCUUCCCCUCCGGUAACGCUGAAGAGUUUUGCGACCACGUGUUCAGAACCUUCGACAUGGACAAGAAUGGAUACAUAGAUUUCAAGCCCGACCCGGCCCGACCCGGCCUUGAUCUUGCUCUCAUCAAUUGGCCUAUUCCUCUGGCAACAUUCUGGCGGUCAGAUAUCCGGCCGCGCGUGUCCCCCUUCCGUACGGGCCGGUCCUUUGAGCGGUUAUUGGGAAAUUCCUCACGCUUGGUAACUUUGUCCGCCGUAUCCUACCCGUGCGGGGGCCUCGUCGUCAUGAAAGCAUGA